GUUUUACAUGCUCGCCUCAUGCACGUAUAAUCAUCGCACUUCGGAUAAAAGUGGGAAAUUGCUUGAAUCUUUGUCAAUGUUAUGCUUUGAGGUGCAGUCGAGGUGGGCUGGAGAUAUGGGAUAUGCGUUUGCUGGAAGAGGAGGAGUAUGAGUGUGUAAUUAAAGGGGGAAAAUCUUCAGACUGAUUUGUUAGGCUCCAGCAGACUAGAGGGUGUUACCGGCUCAUAUUUUGUCAAGUUUGAAAAGCAAACAUAAGAUCAGAAAUAAGGCGCCUUCAAGUUUUCAUAUUGCACGUGCGGUAUUUUUUUCAAAAUUCAUCUCUUAAACUAUCUCCUUUUGUUCGGCUGCGAUCUCAGAUCAGUCGCAGUGGAUGCGUCUAGAUCCACUCGCUUUAUAAUCUGCUCUUAAAUAGUCGUCCGGAUCGGUUCAAUGCUCAGUGUGGGAUCUCCAGUUCUUCUCCAUUGCCGGAUAAGCCCGUGUGUUUUUUGAAUGAGGAUAUCAGGUCUUACUCAGACGUGCACGGAGCAGCACGAGCUCUGAAGAAUGAACCGAUAAUAUCGAUCGUCUGCGAUAUCCUUCAGGACUUUGAUAACCGCGCGAUCCGUUUGCUUAGGCGGACACAUGAUGUAUUCGCCCAUUUGCUUAACACAGGAUGAGUUUCAUCCCUUCAUCGAGGCGCUGCUCCCUCAUGUGCGUGCCAUAGCCUACACCUGGUUCAACCUGCAGGCAAGGAAACGCAAGUACUUUAAGAAGCACGAAAAGCGGAUGUCCAAGGACGAAGAACGUGCUGUGAAAGACGAGCUGCUCAGCGAGAAGGCCGAAAUCAAGCAAAAGUGGGCAUCCCGUCUCUUGGCUAAGCUGCGCAAAGACAUCAGGCAGGAGUACCGGGAAGACUUUGUGCUCAGCGUAACGGGCAAAAAGCACCCGUGCUGCGUACUCUCCAACCCCGACCAGAAGGGCAAGAUCAGGAGAAUCGACUGCCUGAGGCAGGCUGACAAAGUGUGGCGGCUGGACCUGGUGAUGGUCAUCCUGUUUAAAGGGAUUCCGUUGGAGAGCACGGACGGGGAGCGGUUGGUCAAGUCACCGCACUGCACUAACCCAGCGCUCUGCGUUCAGCCCCAUCACAUCACCGUCUCCGUGAAAGAGCUGGACUUGUUUCUGGCAUACUAUGUCCAGGAUCAAGAUUCGCAGCAGUCAGGAAGUCCCAGCAACAAUGAGCCUGGCAAAAACCCUCCAGUUUACUUGGAGGAGAGCUUUAUUAAAUCAGGGGUCUUUAGUGUUUCAGAGCUGGUGAGAGUAUCCAGAACUCCGAUCACACAGGGUGCAGGUGUGAACUUCACAAUGGCCGACAUGCCGAGUCAGCCGUACUAUCAAGACCUGAACUCAGGAGUGAGUUUACACCGAUCCCUCUCGUCUCCACCUGGCAGUAAGAGGCCUAAGACCAUCCCAGACGAUAGUAUGGACACCAGCCCCACUGGGCCAGACUUUUACUCAUCACCCAGUUCACCAGCCAGCAGACCUUGGCAUGAGAGAGACCAAGCAGACAUGUCAUCUCCCACCAUGAAGAAGCCUGAGAAGCCAUUAUUUAGUCCAACAUCCCCACAGGACUCCUCACCUCGGCUCAGCUCCUUUCCCCAGCACCACCACCCAGGACUGACCGGCCAUAGUGUUAUCUCCACCAGGAGUCCACCUCCACAUUCACCGCUGCAGUUCUCCGCCUCUGCCAUCCUUCCCCCGGCCCCCUCGCCCUACAUCUCUCACGGCGCCAUCCGUUACCCUCCGCACCUCAACCCGCCCGAUUCCCUCAAAAACUACAUGCAGCCUUACGACCCGUCCAGUCCACAGAGCAGCCAGCCCAACAGCAGCGGUCAGGUACUAGGGAAAGUUCCCAGUCACUUUACGCCAGUGCUGGCCCCCUCACCACACCACGGGACGGUCAGACCAGUGUCUCUUUCGAUGGCCGACACCAAGCCAAUCACCACAUCCUCAGAGGGUUAUUCGUCUCCAGGCACCCCCACUGCCAACCGUUUUGUGGGACUGAGCCCCAGAGACCCAGCCUUUCUUCACCAGCAACAGCUAAGGAUUUGUGACUGGCCCGUGAAUCAAAACAUCAGGUCAUAUGGCUCAGAGGAGACUUUGGGGAUUUCUUGGCAAAGUCCUGGUACCUGGGCGAGCUUAAUUCCAUUCCAAGUGUCGAACGGGACUCCGAUUCUGCCAACAAAUGUCCAGAAUUACAGCAUAAACAUCAUUGGUGAGCCCCUCCUGCAGGCAGAAUCAAGCAAUUGAAGGGGACCUGGAACAGGACCCCAGGAGCGCCAGGUCCUCGGACAAACCAGCAAGCAGCACUUAUACAAUCGACCUGGACCUUUGGCCCGCCCUCUAAAGGACAUUGGCUUAGAGCGGUAGAGUGAGUCGGGUCAAAGCGUUCCCUUUUGAUAUGAGCCUCUCCACACCAGUCAGUCAUUGUGUAAAGAGGGCCCGAAACUGAGAUACUGUGAUACUUACCAUACAAACUUUAGAUGCCUUACUGUAUAUGCAUGACAUGCUAGUCUCUCGUAGUGUUUCUCUUGUUCUUACGUCACCAUUACUAGUCUUGGUUUAUGAAAUUACGUAGAAGGGGGUGGCCACGGUUUGAAAAGCGGGCUACAGAGGCGCUCGUCCUAUUUGUUACAUAACCAUAGGAUCAAUAUUCAACGAACUGAAUGUCUCUAUUUUCGUAUUUCCCUCGAAAUUUUAUUUGCCCAUGGUGCAAAAUGUUCUGUAAUCUUGUCAAUCUUUUGCUUAUUUCCUUUUAAAAUUUACUAAGAGUUAAGAACUCUUAAAAGUUUUUCUUCAGUGAAAGAAAAAAAAAACUAUAUUGCUAAGUGAGAAUUACAACCCCUAAUCAUAACUUUUAGUUUUUGUGAUUUUCCUUGAAAAAGGAAAUUUUGAGAAAAAAAGUCAAUAUGUCAUAAGAGGCAAGUGCAAUUUAAAUAAUUUUACUGAAGGGAAGCUAUCACAGUCUGUGUGCCCUAAGACUCUAAAGGAAGGGGGAGAAAUUGUUUUAAAAAAAAAAUUGCAACCUUGUUUCGGUAUACUAGGGAAAGCUGAGUGAGAUGGACCGUGAACGUUUACCUGAGCAAAACUGAACACGAACAAUACAGCACUUAUGUUGAGCCGUACCCAAACACAUGGGUAGUUUUUUUCUUUAAUUUAUUAAAAUUUAAAGUAGGUGAAAAGACGCGAACACACGGCGUGUAUAAAAUGGCUUAUUUUGACAUAUCUAGUAUGCAUGUUUAGUUGGCUGUUAGCUUCAAAAGCUACUGUUUACACUUUGAUAUCAAGAGAUACGCGGGCUGGUAAAGUAAUUUAAGACAAAAUGUGUGUAAGUGUGUUAUGUGUACUCAUUUUAACACUAACCUGCGAGUUAAGGCGAGGUCUCAAGGUGCUUAUUUCACAUCCUCUUUUUUUUUGGUAGUUCCCAAUAAAUCUAAUAUCGCUCCCGGCAUUCCUAAUGCCAUUGCCCUUCCAAUCAGACAUAUUUAUAUAAUUAAUCUUUCCAAUAAUCUUAAUUUGCACGAAAGUAUAUAGUCCACGUUACGUGCCUUGCCUUCGACUAUAGAGAACAUCACUACACUUGUUUUUUGCUGCAUUUAUUACCGUUUAGGAAAAAAGUAACAUUUUUAUGAUAAGAAAUAUUUUGUACUCUGGAUGAAAUUGUGACAUUGUUGAUUUUUAGCUUGAUUUACUACUUUAGCUCACAUUUACAGUUCAUAUCAAGGCUUUGUAUAGUUGCUGUUUUACAGUUUAUAAUCAACAUUCAGCAUUAUGUUUUUUUCCAGUAUUUUGGUGGUUUUUCGAUUCUGUUUUAAUCGUUUGUUUGUUUGUUUGUUUUCCAUCUUCCAGUCAUUAUUGGGGAGGGCGGGGUCCAGAUUUAUAAGAAUUAUGCAAUACCAAGUUUUGCCUAUGUAGGUAGUGCUUUUAGCUAUGUGGAUUAUUAGAAGCUAGUACAGAAAUACAGAUAGUGUAAACAUUUAUUUUGUUGACGUUGUUGCUGUUGUUGUUGUUGUUGACGUUGUUGUUAUUUUCCGUUUAUUUGUCGUAAUUGACCAAAGUGGGAACUGCUUUCUAUGCAGUGUGUGACAAGGUCUUUUUUCGUGCGUGCACGAGUCGUUUCGUAUUCUCUAUAAGGGGAUACACUUUGAAGCAUAUCUGCAGAGAAUGCACCUUUUUGGUCAAAUAUGGCUGCAAAGUCACUGAUUCGUCGUCUACUGUGACUUAUUUACUCCUUCUUUAACCUUCAGACCCGGGGUGCUAGUUUCGACACAUGGAAGAUGAUUUUCAUCAGGGAGACAGCUUGACUUGAGAACGACAAUCACCAGUCAAUUAUGCGCACUUAGUGUAAUGCAAUUUUUCGUCAGAUGUUUCUCCCGCCACAGCUCUCCGUCUCCUGUUAACAAUACAGCUAUAUGCAAUUCCCAAGUAGAUGCCUUAAAUUUGUACAAACAAGUGACUUGUUAUAAAAUGCGCUACAAUCACUAUCACGCGUGUUGGUUCAUGCGUGUUAAAUGUGUCACAAUCAGAAAAUAUCACUGUUUCUUAUCUUUGAAGUGCUCCGAUUUACAGCCUUAUUGAGAUUGUCGUCAAUGGAUUUAAACCCCCAUGGGGAAAAUGAGUUAAAGCAUUGAUAAAAAUGUAGUUAUUUUUAGAGUCGUCUAUAGACUCGGUUUAAAGGGAAUAAUGUAAUGCUCUUAUGGUCUAACAGAUCAACAAAACCCAGUUUUGCACCUACAGCAUACAGGCAAUCACCUACCCGUAGUGUCCUUUCAAUACAACAAAACAAAAACUCAGGCGUUUUGCUUCAUGUGGCAUUAUAGAUAUUAGAUAUCACCUGUUGAGUCUGUUAAAAAGAUGCUCAAGUCAAGCUGAAUCUCUCCUCGUUCAACACAAUGUUUUAUUUUGGUAGAUUAAAGUCACCCCUUUCAAUAUGCACUGUUCCAAUUUUAGUUUUUUUUUUUUCGUAAAAAAUGAAAUAAAUUAAGUGCUUUGCAGCCAAUUUCUGGCCGUCGGCUAAAUUGCAUUUUCUCCUGGAGUGGUGGGUGGGUGUGUCAGGGUCAUUCUCGUGUUUUAGGGCGAGUUGAAAAUCGUGAAGGAGGCCGUAGGUAGGGGUCAUCUCAAUGGCCGUGGUAAUAGCAAUAGUUUUGGUAGUAGGGUAAAAUCUGCUUUGGCAGCUUCGUGAAAUGUGUUUUUAGAUGAAUCUGUCGGAGUGUGAGGGUGGCUCUUGAGGAGAGUAGUUAAGGGUCUUUCUAUUGAAAUGCCUGCCUUGUUGACUAAAAAAAAGUGUGUACACUGUAAAAUCUCUUUUCUUUCCCCAUUUAUAAAAAAAAAGUUUUGAGAUAUAAUCGUGAAUUUAAGUGAUGUCCAUAUUAUUUUUUAGUGAAACAAAAUAAAAACAAACAAAAAUACUGUUUUGAGUUUCCAAUUGUCCAUUAAAUAAAAGCGCUUGAUUAUGUAAUUCUUUAUUUCCUGUACUUAUAAAGUAGCGUGAAUUCCCGUGUGGGACUGUAAAUGUUUAAAACAAAAUGAUGAAGGUCUUUUGUUGUAUUUCGUGUUGGAUCCUUGAGACAUUUCAUAAAUGUUUGAAGUGUUGUUUUGUUAGUGUGGCCAUAGAGUGUGUGUGAUGUGCUUAUAUGAUAUUGAAAAUGGGACAAGAAUUAAUGUUUCGAUUUGUGUUAAGUAGAUUAAUUUUUAUUUUUUACCAGUUGGGGAACUCCUAGUCACUUUAAAAUAAAGGCACCUGAUCCGAGUGUCCCAACAACAACUACCAGGGUAAUGUCGCUUACGACAUGACAAAUCGUUCUACUGUCUCGUCUCGUGCAUGCAUUAUUUCCCCAUCGAUAGAGGCCGACCCACCAUACGAUGUCCAGAAAGGCCGAAAGGCUGGUAUUAUUUCCCAUUCUGCAGUGUUUACAUUUGUCUGCCGAGGGCAGGGAUUGCCGUGUUAGGAUGAAUGCUGGACGCAUUGUAGUUUUCAGGGCAGGCUCGGUGUGGAAGCCUUUGUCUAGACCCACAGAUGUCUUAUUAGUGUUGCCAUCGCAGAGAAAAUAAACAGCUGAGCAUUUGCACUUUCUGCAGUUCCCACUACCCCUUUCAUUGGCACAUUGUUUGUUGUGUGGAUUACAGUAUGUAAAGCUAACUAUGAUGCUCUAAGUGUUCAUAUAUAGUUGGAUGGAGUGUUGUCAUGGUAGCUCAUAGCACUUCCUUUCACCACAGCAUACAAUGUUUUGAAGAUUAUAAGACGGUCAGUUUAUACCUAGAUAUUGGUUUAUUUUUCAAAGGGCUGAUCUUUUUAUUGUAUUGGUUGCAGAAUACGAAAUUACAUAUUACAGCUGUAAAGUUGCCUGGUUAAGUUCAUGUGCAAGGAAAACCAGUUUUGUGCGUGCAGGGAAGGGCAGUAGGAGAGUUCAGUCCACAUCAGGGCAUUUACAGCAUGAAUGAUCAUUAACAUGAACAUUUUAUAAACCAGCAUAUAGUAAGACGUUUACCAAAAUAAAAGUAAAAAAGAUAAAAUGUCAAGCAGUGCCUGUUUCAGCUCAGUGGACUUUCCCUUGUAAAUAAAAACACUUUAUGGGAUACAAUAAAAACAUAAAAUACUUCAAUCAUAGAAUCUGUGGGACGCCUCUUUCCAUUUAUUUCCCCCUCAGAUGUUUUUCGCUCUUGAUUCUGUGUUUGUUUUGUGCUUCAAUUUUUGAUAUUUUAGUCAAAUGGGAUACCCCAGUCUCUAUUCGAUGAGGUUAAGUAAUAGUUGGGCAGUGUGUUUCUCUAGACUACACUUAGUACUACAAUAGAUGAUUGAAAAAAUGAUUGCCAGCUCCACAGCAGAGUUGAUUUUAUUUCCUUUUGAAAAGGGGGGAGGGAGGGAGGGGGGUCUUGUGGCACUUUUAUGCCCACUGCUAUCUCAGUGGUAUUGUAUUUGUAACAUGACAACAACAACACUAACACCAACAAAUGUUGUAACGACAGUUUUUGUAGUGAUUGUGAAAACGCAGCAGUUGUAUGCAAAUAUUAAUGUAUGUUCUGAAUGUACAUUAUAGAACACUUUAUCAAGUCUUUGUGUUUUUACUCACAGUUUAAUGAAAAGCAGGUGUCCUUCAGUCAAGCUGUAUAGUGAAGGCCUUGUUGGAUUUUCUCUUUUGGUUUCGUUUUUACAGCUAUAAACAGUAGGCACUGCCUUGGAGCUGGUUGCAUUUGGUGCAGGGGCUAAAAUUGCCACAAGAUUAAAAAAAAUGAGUGUAAAUAACGCUUGACUUUUUUGUGAUUGUUACUGUUAUAUCCAGCCUAUACUGCUAGCAGCUGUUUUUACUGCAGUCAAUUACUGGAAGUGGAUAUAUUUCCUAUGCAAAACUGUUUAAACAAUAAAAUGAGCUAUGCUACGAA